GGGGCGGCUGAGGAGGACACUAUGGAGGAAGGAAAAGAAACGGUAUCCCAUCACUCAAGUCAUGUGAUCGAAGAAAAACUGGGUAUUUGCAUGAGCGAUGUUUCAGACAUUCCUCUUCUGACUGAUGAAAAGUUUGAUUUUGAUCUUUCACUCUCUCCUGUGAGUGGAAAUGAAGAUGAAGUUUUUGUUGGACCUUUGGGACACAAAGAAAAAUGUAUUGCUGUCAAUAUUGAAGCAAAAAGAAGCACUGAAAGGAGUGUACCUGCUUCUGAUGAUAAAGUCAUGUGGAGCCCACUGACAGGAGAGAAAUUUGUGGAAAUUUUCAAAGAAGCUCACUUGUUAGCACUGCAAAUAGAAAGUGGAAGUAAGACUGAACAGAACAAAAUAAGCCAGCCAGAAGAACAGGAAAACCAGACUAUAGAAAAAUUUGUUGAGGACUCAAAGUCAAAGUUGAAAAUACUGAGAAACCAAAAUAUAGAGAAAAGUCCCAGGGCUGUUAAGAGGGAGACAUACUGCGUGGAUAGCCCAGCAUCAAAUCUGCCGCCUGGUUUUCAGAAGGGAUCAGAUAAACUUUUGUCAGGUGACAAAACGUACAUUCUUCAUACUCCUCCAAACAGAAGCCCCGUUAAAAUUCAUGUAUCUCCUGCAAAAAUCACUGGCUCCCCUCUGACCCAAGAACAGAAAACUAAAGAAAAAAAUAAGAAAGCAAGUGGCAAACUGCCAGUGGCUAAGCCUUCAGCUACUCUUGGAAAGAGCAUUAUGUUGACUGUAGAAAAGCCCAAACAAGGAAGACAUAGUAUUUCAGCAAAAAGAGAUGUGACCAGCAUGGGAUCAUCUGAAGAUCUAAUUUCUGAUAAAUCAAGUGCUGCUUCAGAUGUCUUUGAGUCUUCGCUCAGUGGCAGUUCCUCAGUGCAAGACAAAAAAGUCCUUCCUGCACCAAGUAAGCCUGAUCUAAAGAAAACACAUCUGAAACUUCCUGGUGUUGCCAGUGGUCUCCCAAGGAAAACUAGUUCGUCAUCCUCUUCAUCGUCAGUUUCCAGUCUGAACUCAAGUUUACCCAUUUCUCCCAUAGGAAAGAAUGGAAAAUCAAGUACAUCUUCAAAAGCUAGUGUGAGUGGCUCUAAACUUUCAACUGGUACAAAUAGGCUGGCCCUGGUCAGACCUGCUAGGGUGUCAUCUCUGCAGGCUGUCAGUACUGAGAGAUCCAGCAAGCAAGCAAGAUCAGCUAGUACUCCCAAAACAUCUUGUGCUGUAAGCUUGGCUAGAUCUUCAGCUUCUGCAAUGUCAUCUGAUACUGUAGGCAGUGGAAUUCAGAGGAUGAGCUCUCUUCAUCUGCAGAGGCUAUGCCAACAAAGUAAAGAUGGAAGUGCAAUAAAAGGAAGCCUGUUCCAAAAGCCCAAGACUAGAGUUUUGUCUGUUCCUACAAGUCAAAAUAAGGGUCCAGUGAAAGCUGGAGAUACAACACCGAGCAAGUUGGCACCAAAAGUAGCACCAUCUCUUGGAUUAACAUUUUGUGGCACACUUGGAAGUGCUAUGGCAGUCAGCACUCCCGUGAAAGCUUCAGAAGAUGGGAUAUUUCAGAGUUCUGGUUUUCGUGAGAGGUCUGUCUCCAUGACUCCUGCCAGUCUGAAACGGUCUGCCUUACCCACACCUGUCCGUCGUAUCUCGGGAUUUCCAGCAGCGACUCCUAGAACUGCACCAAGAAUGGCAUCUUCUCCAUAUGUUGCAUCUAUUCAAAGCUCUAGCUUUUCUACCAAGAAGACACUUACAAAUGGUUCUAAACAGGUGAAGGAUGCACAAAUAUCUUCUUCAGAAGAUGAUAUAUCUCCUCCACCUGUGCUACCUCUUAUGCUUGACUUCUCACCAGAAAAAGCUGUGAAAGAAACAGAAGAAAAAUCAAAAGAGGCUGAAGUACAGAAUCAGCUGGCCGAAGAGAAACAAACUAAGGAGAUGUUACUGGUAGAUAUUGAAGUAGAUAAAUCUCUCCCAGAAGCUUUGGAAUGUGAAGGUAGACCUCUGAUUGAUCUUUCCAAUACACCUGAAUUGAAUAAGAUUAUUCCCCUAAAGCCUACGUUCUCAGGGCAGGUAAAGUUAAUUGAUUUGAGUUCUCCUCUUAUCACUCUGAGUCCUGAUGUAAACAAAGAAAAUCUGGAUUCCCCUCUGCUGAAGUUCUGAACUUGGGCUGAAAUGAAGAAUUCUUGGUAUCUGUGAUCGUUAAAGCGUUAGGUGCUACUCUUCACUCACAUAGCUUUAUGAAAAUGAAUGAUGAAAUGCUGUAGCAAUAGAAUUCUAACAGUCCUUAUACAGUAAAACUCAGUCCGACGAAGAGUUUUCCUCGUGGAUAUACCACAAUGGCGUAUUUAAAGUUUAAGUCAGAAAGGGAUAGUCUCUGUGUUGGAAGCCUGCAUUUUUUAUUUCCUACUGGUUGUCCUUUGCGUCUUUAUUUCCUAUGUGCAAUGAAGAUUUAACUUAAAAAUAAACGGGUUUAACUAACAAA